AAGCGAGUAUGCAUGCAAUUGUGGAGGCAGCAUAUAUUCUAGCAUGGCCACCUAUGUGAAGUGAAUGGGGCAAAAUGGUGGACAGACGGCAGUAGAAAGGGACUGCUGCUAUAUAUCGCUGAAGAUUCCUAGCAUUUUCCUGUCGUUUGGGACAUAGCCAGAUCACAAUGGAGGCAACGCUAGAAGACAUCCUUCCAGUCUUCAAGACAGAAGGAGUGGAACAGCAAGGCCAACUCAACAUGACGGCUGACGACAAUAUCUCAGAUGGCCUCGGUUCGUUGAGCAGUUUUCAGGACACACCGUUUCAAAUGUCUGAUCUAGGUGAUCUGGGACUGGGUAACAGCAAUGUUAUGGAUGGGGUUGGUUCUUUGAGCAAUUUUCAGGACACACUGCUUCAAAUGUCUGGACAGGGUGAUCUGGGACUGGGUUUCAGCAAUGCCGUGGAUGGCCUUGGCUCAAUGAGCGGUUUUCAUAACCCACAACUCCACAUACCAGGUCAGAGUGGUGGACAUCAGGGACUAGGUAAUGGAAAUGCUGUGGAUAACUUUGGGACACUGAACAGCUUUCACCUCCCACAACUUCCUAUGUUAGGACAGGGAGAUGUGCAUCUGGGUAAUAACCUGCCACCACUGGAACAGCCCAUGUCUUCCACGAUGUCCUCAGACUUCCCCAGUAUCACUGCUGCUCUUACAGACACAUCCAUGUAUGGGGCUGGGCCAUUGUCUAUGGCUGAUCAAACUCCACUGCAAACAACACCAAAGUUAGAACCUAUGGAUGGCGCAAGUAACGUCACUUUGGAAACAGUAAAGAGUGAUGAAGCUUUGGAUGAAGAUGGCAAAGCGGCAUUAGAGCUGGCUGAAGCCCUCAGUCAGGGUAUAACCACAGGGAAGACGUCAGGACCGUCCAUGUUUAGUAUCGACACUACUCAGAUCCAGGCAGUGGCUCCUCAGGACCAGGCCUCGGAGCUGCAGGGACUGGGGGUGGAUGUGUACAACCAGGAGACCCUGGAACAUGGCAUCAUGUAUCAGGUGGACAUGGCUGUGCAGGCAGAGAUGGAGGAGAAAAGGAAGGCCUCAGCAGAGAGAGAACUCAAGAAUGUCUUAGAUGACAUCAGGUCAGUAAAACAAGAAGUGACUCGGAUGGACCGCGCCAUCUCAGGUCUGCCUGCUUCCUUUGGGCUCAACAACAGGGAUGUACAAAGGAGGGUGGACAGCAUCAAGAGACAGAAGGAAAACAAGCUGAAACAGUUGAAGAAGCUGCGAGCCAAACACAAGAAGCUGAUGAACAUCCUGGGAGGGGACACAGAUGAGCCUGAUGCAGAAGAGGAGGAGGAACCUGACCCAACAGAUAAUGUAUCUGCACUGGAAGGCCUGAUGUCAGGUGCAAAUAAGCAGGAGACUGAGAGGGAACGUCUGAUCAGGACUGGACAGAUCACGCCCUUUGACCCCACCCCUGCCUCAGCCGAUGCUGCCAAACCUCAAGGACCAAAGAAAAUUGUGACAGACGUCAUGUCAGACUUUGAGAAGUACCUAGCUGAGCAAGACCAACUGUCAAAGCAAAAGAAGAAAAUGAUGAAACAGACAAAACAGAAGCCAAAACGAAGAAACAAUAGUGAGGAGCCAGAGACUCCUAGCAAGAAAAAUAAGACAUCUAAAAAGACAUCAAACUUGGCAAAAGAUAGAAGAAGACAGUCUUUGUCAGCAUCAGAAGGCUCUGCUGACAGUCCAAAACUGGUUAAGUCCAAAUCUUCACCUGCAAAACUGAAGCAGGAAUCACCAGACUUGUGGAAUGACUCCUCAAACAGUUCAUCCCCCCGGACAAGGAAAGGAAAUAGUCCCAGACUGGGUGGAAGGAUACGUAACAGUGAUGACAGUGAUGUGUCAGGUGGUGAUUGGUCAGGCAGUGAUGAUGAGUAUGUGCCUUCCAAGAAGGAGAUGAGGGACUCCUGGUUAGAUGAUGUGGACAUCGGAGACGUAUCUGAUGAUGCAUCUGAAAAGAAGAAAGGUAUGAAGAGGAAGUCCAAGCACAACCAGGACUACAGCGGGCUGGCAGGUCACCCUGACUCCAGUGGAGACGAUGAGAAAGGAAAAGAGAAGAAACCUCAGCACAGGUGUAGGGAUGAUGGGAACCUCAGGUACUUCCACAAGAGACUCAGGCAAAAUCACAAGGAGAAGCUGCAACAGAAACAGGCUCGUUAUGAUGCUGGUGAGGACAGUGAGAGUGAGACAUCAGAUGUGGAGAUGGAUGGGGGGUUUAAACUGCCAGUGGAAACAUGGAACAAGCUCUAUAAGUACCAGCAGACAGGUGUGAGGUGGUUAUGGGAGCUGCACAGUCAGCAGGCAGGAGGCAUCAUGGGGGAUGAGAUGGGGCUGGGCAAGACUAUCCAGGCCAUCGUGUUCCUGUACGGCCUGCAGUACGGCAACGUCAGGAACAGGGGCAUCAUGACCAAAUAUAUAGGUCUGGGCCCAUGCCUGGUGGUUGCUCCUGUGACAGUGCUGCACCAGUGGGUUCGUGAGUUCCACACCUGGUUCCCUCGUGUUAGAGUUGCCAUACUGCACGAGUCUGGCACCUUCACCACAUCCAAGGACCGGCUGAUCCGUGAGAUCGCCCGUGAUCGUGGGGUGCUGGUGACAUCAUACCAGGAGGUGAACCUGAGACAGGACUCCCUCCUGCACUACGACUGGCACUACGUCAUCCUGGACGAGGGGCACAAGAUCAGGAACCCUGAUGCUAAAGUCACGCUGGCUUGUAAACAGUUCAGAACCCCUCACAGGAUCAUCCUGUCAGGGUCUCCCAUGCAGAACAACCUGCGGGAGCUGUGGUCCCUGUGUGACUUCGUGUUUCCUGGGAAGCUGGGGACACUGCCGGUGUUCAUGGAGCAGUUCUCAGUACCCAUCACUCAGGGAGGAUACGCUAAUGCUACACCUGUACAGGUCCAGACAGCCUAUAAGUGUGCCUGUGUGUUGAGAGACACCAUCAACCCUUACCUGCUCAGGAGGAUGAAGAAUGACGUCAAGAUGAACUUGAAUCUGCCCAAUAAGAGCGAACAGGUGCUCUUCUGCAGAAUAACUGAGGAACAGAAGGAGGCAUACAAGGACUAUCUGGGCUCCAGGGAAUGUCAGCAGAUACUGGAUGGGCAGUAUCAGGUGUUUGCAGGCCUGAUAACUCUAAGGAAGAUCUGUAACCACCCUGACCUGGUGACGGGAGGGCCCCGCAUCAUGGUGGGGACAGACGAGAGCACCCUGACUAAGGACCAGCACUACGGGUACUGGAAACGCUCGGGGAAGAUGAUCGUCGUCAACACCCUGCUGAAGAUGUGGCACAAACAGGGCCACAGGGUGCUGCUCUUCUCUCAGAGCAAACAGAUGCUGGACCUGAUGGAGGAGUUUGUCCAGGACCAGAGCUACACCUACAUGAGGAUGGAUGGAACAACAACCAUCUCAUCCAGACAACCCAAAAUUACCAAGUUCAACAAGGACACCUCCAUCUUUGUCUUCCUGCUGACCACUCGAGUUGGCGGCCUGGGGGUCAACCUUACCGGAGCCAACCGUGUCAUCAUCUUCGACCCGGACUGGAACCCCAGCACGGACAUGCAGGCGCGCGAGCGGGCCUGGCGCAUCGGCCAGAGCAAGGAUGUGACCAUCUACCGCCUCCUCACCACUGGGACCAUUGAGGAGAAGAUCUACCACCGACAGAUCUUCAAACAGUUCCUCACCAACAGGGUGCUGAAGGACCCUCGGCAGCGGCGAUUCUUCAAGUCCAACGACAUGUACGAGCUGUUCACCCUGACCUGUGAUGACAACAAGGAAGGCACGGAGACGGGCGCCAUCUUUGCUGGCACAGGGUCAGAGGUUAAAGUUGACAUGAGGAAGGCAAAGAAUGCAGGGAAGGUACCAAAACCUGAUGUGAAGUUAUUGCCCAACAGAAGGAAACAGAAAACAGCAGAGAAAGUUUCCACACCAGACAGCUCUAAGGACAAGGCAACUGUCAGCAGACUGUUGGCAAAAUGGAAACUGGGAAAUUCUACGUUAAACUCAGUGAUGAAGAAAGUGUCAGCCAAUGGUGAUGCUGGCAGCAGUCCCGGCUGUAAUGGAGCUGAAGCAGGUGAAAGCAAGAGCAAAGAGCACAGGCAUGUAGAUAAUGGUGCUAUAGAAGACAGCCAGAAGUCAUCCAAGGACACUCAGGCAUUGAACCAAGUAUCUACCUCACAGACUGACAUUCCAGAGAAAUCUGCCACCACUGCCAAAUUGAAAACUUGCAAGCCAUCAACAUCUCGUGAGCGGGGAAAGAAACUAAAGAAAAAGAAGAGAAAGGAUGCAGCUUUGGAAGGAGAGAGGAUAGAAUACCUGGCUCGUCACUCAGCAUACCAGUCAUCAGCUAAAGAGGAGGAAGAGGGCUCACACAAGGCUACUGAGGAGUAUGUCCUGAAGAAACUCUUCAAAAAGUCAGGUGUUCACAGUGCCCUGCAGCAUGACAAGAUCAUGAUGUCCUCUAACCCAGACUACCUGCUGGUGGAGGGCGAGGCCGACAGGGUGGCCAAGGAGGCGGCCAGGGCCCUGAAGCGGACCAGGCAGCAGUGUCUGGGGGCCACGUCGGGUGUGCCGACCUGGACAGGCAGACACGGUGGAUCAGGAGCGCCCCCUGGUGUCAAGCAGAAGCCAAGGUUUGGUAAGAAGAGAACCUCAGCAGCAGCUGGUGCUUCUGGUUCCGGAAAGUCCGAGACCAAGGCUGCCAAGUUUGUCAUCCCAAAGAAGAAGCACUUCAGUGGCCAUGUGGCCGGCACAAAAUCCUCCGCAGAAGAUGUCUCCUCGGAAAGCCUCCUCAACCAGAUGCGCCUUCGAAAUCACAUCAAACUGUCGCUGGAAGCUGGCAACGAGAGCGGAGACGAAGACAACAGCCAGGAAGCACCCACUGCACCAGCUGGGUCCGAGUAUGAUGAGAUGAUCGUAGAAAUCAGGAACUACAUCGCUUUCCAGGCAAGCACUGAUGGACAGGCUACCACUGAUGAGCUUCUGGAUGAGUUCAAGGGGAAGCUAGGGACCAAUAAGAAUGUGGUGUUCCGUUCCAUGUUGAAUAGAAUCUGUACCUUCCACAGAGGCCCUGGAGGGAAUGGUGUUUGGGCACUCAAACCAGACUUCAGAUGAUGCUAGCUGGGAUCACUGCCAUUUCUGUCAAAAAAUAUCCCAUUAGAAGAUUCUAUUGUCUUUUUCAAACUUUCAGAGGCAUUAGUGUAAUGUGGAUUGAUAGUAUUUGAGAUGUUAUCGUUAGCUAUAGCCUUCGUAAUCAUGAAACAACACAGAUUGGUGUCUGAACGGCAGCUUAGCAGGGAAAGAUCAAGGAAAGUAUCAAGGUGCAAUAUCACCAUAAUAUUAAGUCUUGUGCUUUGUGCUGUCGGUGGCUUGUAAAUUACCUUUACUCAUGUAGCUGUAUAUGCCAACAGGCACUAUAGUUAUAGACUGGCACGUAAAAGGACUGGUAUUUUGUAAAUCUUUCUGAAAGACUUUCAUAAUGUU